CUCAACUGCAACUGUGAUUGGUGUCUCUACUACAACAGUGACUGAGGUUGAAAAGACAACAAGAACUGAAGCCACAAGUACAACCCCAUAUAACACCAUGACUGGUGUCCAUACUACCAUGGCAACAGAGGCAACAGUGACAACAGACACUGAAGCCCCAACUACGACCAUGACUGGUGCCCCCACUAAAAUGGUGACUGAGGCUACAGUGACAAAAGAAACUGAAGCUGCAAGUACAACCCCAGAUACCACCAUGACUGGUGUCCAUACUACCAUGGCAACAGAGGCAACAGUGACAACAGACACUGAAGCCCCAACUACGACCAUGACUGGUGCCCCCACUAAAAUGGUGACUGAGGCUACAGUGACAAAAGAAACUGAAACUCCAAGUACAGCCAUGACUGGUGUCCCUACUGCAAUGGCGACAGAGGUUACGGAAACAACAGACACUGAAGCCAAAACCACAACCAUGACUGGUGAUUCCACAACAACAGUCACUGAGGUUACUAUGACAACAGCUGGAGAAGCCCCAAUAACAAUAAUGACAGAUGUUACUAUGACAAUAGCCAUUGAAUCCCCAACUACAGCCAUGGCUAUUGCUUCCUCUACAAGGAUGACUGAGCUUACAAUGCCAACAGGUACUGAAGCCCCAACUACAACCAUGACUGGAGCUACUAUGACAACAGGAACUGAAGGCCCAGUGACAACUAUGACUGGUGUACGCACGACCACAGUCACUACGGGUACAAUGACAACAGGACGAGAAGCUCCAACUGCAACCAUGACUGGUUCCCCCACUUCAACAAUGACUGAGGUUACUACGACAACAGACACUGAAGCCCCAUCUAUAACCGUGACAAGUGCCCCCACUAUAAUCCUGACUGAGGUUACAGUGGCGACAGAUACUGAAGCCUCAACUACAACCAUGCCUGGUUCCCCCACUUCAACAAUGACUGAGGUUACUACAACAACAGACACUGAAGCCCCAACUACAACCAUGACUAGUGCCCCCAUUAUAAUCCUUACUGAGGUUACUAUGGCAACAGACACUGAAGCCCCAAAAACAACCAUGACUAGUGCCCCCACUCCAACCGUGACAGAGGUUACUAUGAAAAGAGGAACAACCCCAGAUACCACCAUGACUGGUGUCCGUACUACCAUGGCAACAGAGGCAACAGUAACAACAGACACUGAGGCCCCAACUACAACCAUGACUGGUGCCCAGACUACAACAGUGACUGAGGUUACUAUGACAACAGGUACUGAAGCCAAAACUACAACCAUGACUAGUGCCCCCACUGUAAUCCUUACUGAGCUUACUAUGGAAACAGACGCUGAAGCCCCAAAAAUAACCAUGACUGGUGCCCUCACUACAACUGUUACUGGAAUUACAAUGACAAUGGAAACUGAAGCCCAAACUACAGCCAUGACUCUUGCCUCCUCUACAAGGAUGACUGAACUUACUAUGCCUACAGGUACUGAAGCCCCAACUGCAACUAUGAUGGGUGCCUCCACUACAAUAGAGACAGAGGUACCUGUGACAACAGAAACAAAAGCCUCAACUACAAUUAUGACUGGUGCCCGCAUGACAACAGUCACUACAGAUACAAUGACAACAGGGCGAGAAGCUCCAACUACAAUCAUGACAAGUGUCCCCACUACAAUGGUGACUGGGGUUACUAUGGCAACAGAAAAUGAAUCCCCAAAAACAACUAUGACUGGUGCCCCCAUUACAACAAUGACAGAGGUUACGAUGAAAACAGGAACUGAAACCCCAACAACAAUCAUAACCGGUGCCCCAACAACAACAGUCACUGAGGUUACUAUAACAACAGGAAGAAAAGCCUCAACUGAAACUAUGAUUGGUGCCUCCAUGACAAUGGAGACAGAGGUUACAAAGACAACAAGAACUGAAGCACCAAGUACAAACCCAGAUACCACCAUGACUGGUGUUCGUACUACCAUGGCAACAGAGGUUACAGUGACAACAGACACUGAAGCCACAACUACGAGCAUGACUGGUGCCCCCACUAAAAUGGUGACUGAGGCUACAGUGACAAAAGACACUGAAGCCCCAAGUACAGCCAUGACUGGUGGUCCCACAACAACAGUCACUGAGGUUAUUAUGACAACAGCUAGAGAGGCCCCAACAACAAUAAUGACAGAUGUUACUAUGACAAGAGACAGUGAAGCCUCAACUACAGCCAUGACAAGUGUCCCCACUAUAAUCCUGACUGAGCUGACUAUGGCAACAGACACUGAAGCCCUAAGUACAGCCAUUCCUUCAAUGGCAUCAGCAGUGUCACCCACAACCAUGUCCACAACUGCAUCUUCCACCACAAAGUUGGUACCACCAGAGCCAGCCUUAUCACUGGAGUUUCGCUUAGAGCAGGACUUUGAUGAGGAUCUGAAGAAUACAUCCACAGAGACGUUCAAGAGCUUGGCAAAGAAUAUAACUCGACAGUUGGAUAACAUUUAUUCCAAAAGAUAUGGGAAGAGAUUCAAUCGCACUGAAGUCAACAGCUUCAGGAAAGGAUCAAUUGUGGUCGACACCUCCAUAGUGUUCAAUAAUUUCAGUGUUGUACCAAACACUACAGAUGUGACCCAAACCCUCAAAGAAGCAACUUCCUCUAACACCACUGGUUUCAGCCUCCGAGUAAACAUAUCCACCAUUGUCACAACAAUUCCCAGACUAACUUCACCAACAACCAUCAGAACUCCCACUACACAAUCUCACAAAAGUACAUUUACUUUACCCCAAACUGUUCACACAGUGAAAACAGCCACUGUGCCAUUGGAAAUAAUAUCAACACUGCAAACAGGCACUCAGACAGUGAACCCUGACCCGACAUCUCUAAAAACUACUGUUGCAACAAUUUCACUAAAUAACAGUAAAACACCCUUUGUAACAGCCACUACAUAUAAUGCAACAAGCAAACAGCUGGAUAGCCUGAAUAUGACAGCAGACACUGAGGCCCCAACUACAACCACAACUGGUGCCCUGACUACAACAGUAACUGGGGUUACUAUGACAACAGGUACUGAAGCCCCAACUACAACCAUGACUAGUGCACCCACUAUAAUCCUGACUGAGGUUAUGGUGACAAUAGACAAUAAAGCCCCAAUGACAACAAUGGCUGGUUCCCCCACUCCAACAGUGACUGAGGUUACUAUGACAACAGGAACUGAAGUCCCAACUACAAUCAUGACUGGGGCCUCCACUAUGGAAAUGAUUGAGGAUACUAUGACAACUGGAAUUGAAGCCACAAUGAUAGCCAUGACUGGUUCCCCGACUACAACAGUGACUGAGGUUACUAUGACAACAGGUACUGAAGCCCCAACUGCAACCAUGACUAGUGCACCCACUAUAAUCCUGACUGAGGUUACGGUGACAACAGACACUGAAGCCCCAACUACAACCAUGACUGGUUCCCCCACUCCAACAGUGACUGAGGUUACUAUGACAACAGGAACUGAAGCUCCAACUACAUUCAUGACUACAACUGUGACUGACAUCACUAUGACAACUUUUACUGAAGCCCCAAUGACAGCCAUGACUGGUGCCCCCACUACAAUGAUGACUGUGGUUACUAUGACAACAGACACUGAAGCCCAAUCUACCACCAUGGCUGGUACACCCAUUAUAACUGUAACUGACAUCAUGAUGACAACAGGCACUGAAGCCCCAACUACACCCAUUACUGGUACCCCAACUACAACCAUGCCUGGUGCCCCCACUACAAGGGGGACUGCGGUUCCUAUGAUAAUUGGAAUUGAAACCCCGACUACAACCCUGACUGGUGCCCCCACUACAACAGUGACUGAGGUUACUAUGACAACAGGGACUGAAGCCCCAACUACAAUCAUGACUAGUGCCCCCACUAUAAUCCUUACUGAGGUUAUUAUGGAAACAGAUACUGAAGCCCCAAAAACAACCAUGACUGGUGCCCUCACUACAACAGUGACUGAGGUUACUAUAAAAACAGGAACUGAAGCUGCAAGUACAACCCCAGAUACCACCACUGGUGUCCGUACUACCAUGGCAACAGAGGCUGCACUGACAACAGACACUGAGGCCCCGACUACAACCAUGACUGGUGCCCAGACUACAACAGUGACUGAGGUCACUAUGACAACAGGAACUGUAGCCCCAACUACAACCAUGACUAGUGCCCCCACUGUAAUCCUUACUGAGCUUGCUAUGGCAACAGACACUGAAUCCUCAACUACAACCAUGACUGGUGCCCCCACUACAACUGUGACUGACAUCACUAUGACAAAUGGCACUGAAGCUUCAACUACAACCAUGGUUAGUGCCCCCACUAGAACAGUGACUGAGGGUACUAUGACAUCAGGACAAACCAAAGUGUCCCAAAAAAACGCAACUGGAAUGCCCACAGUCGGAAAUAUAGCUACACAACCAGACACUACCACAUUGCACCCCACAGAUAUCGCUACAGCCACAGAUACGCAACUUAGCACUGUCACAGCAGCCACAAUAGCGGCAGCAGUUGUCACGCCCAGCACUGCUUUAGAAGCACUCACAAGUACAACGGUUCAGCGAAGUCCUCAUGAAACAGAGUUUACUCAAAGUACAACUCCUCAGCUCGGCCCAAGUGCAGCCAACCAGAAAACAACGAGAGUAACCACUGCCACCGCAAAUCUUGAAACCAGAACUAUACUGCUGCGAUUCAGUCUACAGGAUAAUUUCACAAGUGAACUGUUAGAUCAACAAUCAGACAAAUACCGGCAGUUGGAGAAGAAUGUAAAGACUGAGAUAAACAAAAUAUUUUCUACGGAAUUUUCCAAUUCAUUUGUUGGAUCAACAGUUAAAGGAUUCAGUUUUCUUCUUGGUGUCUCACUGUAGACAAGGCUCAGUGGUCACGGAUGUGGCUUUACAGUUUAAAGAAGAAGUGAGCCAGGCUGAGUUAGUCAGCACAUCAGAAGUGAAGAGGAUUCUGGGAAACGC